GGCGUAGCAAAACCCGGCCGGUGCCCCAGUCCCGUGCUCUUCCCAUCACAGGGUAACUAGUUGAUGCCAAAACCAGCGAGUUCCACUUUGCAAAUCCUUACAAAUUUUGUGGCACGUAAUUAACGUCACAUUUUUGUAUUCACGACAUGAUUUUAUUUUGGAUGACGGUCAAACUACGGCAUCCAAAAAUCAUCUUCUAGAGCAUUUGACCUGACCGAUCUUCCGAUCCCUAUAUUUACACGCGGUGACGAUUGUUCAGUAGCAGUUCACUAGGACUGUAAAAAGCAAAGUCAUCAGUAGCAGUGUUAUGGCCACGGCGGCGCCCCACUUCGUUUUGGUGCCGCUCCCGGCGCCGGGCCACAUCCUCCCCAUGCUCGAUCUUGCGCACCUCAUCGCCAUCCAUGGCGCGCACGCCACCGUCGUCCUAACGCCCGUGAACGCCGCGCGCAACCGAGCCGCCCUGGACCAGGCGGCGCGGGCGGGGCUCGCCGUCGACUUCGCCGAGAUCCCGUUCCCGGGGCCGGCGCUGGGCCUGCCCCGCGGCUGCGAGAGCUUCGACGUCCUGGCCGACUGGUCCCAAUUCGCAACAUUCUACGACGCCCUGGCGAUGCUCGCCGACCCGCUCGAGGCGCACCUCCGGUCGCUGCCCCGCCUCCCGGACUGCCUCGUCGGCGACUCCUGCUGCCCGUGGACGUCGGUCGUCGCGCGGCGGCUCGGCGUCCUCCGGUUCGUGUUCCAGGGCCCGUCAGCCUUCUACCUCCUCGCCGCGCACAACCUCGACAGGCACGGCGCGUACGACGCCGCCGCCGACGACCUCGAGCCCAUCGAGGUGCCGGACUUCCCCGUGCGCGCCGUGGUGAACAGGAUGACGUCGCUGGGGCUCUUCCAGUGGCCGGGCCCGCUGGAGAGGUUCCGGCGCGACACGGUCGAUGCCGAGGCCACCGCCGGCGGGCUGGUGUUCAACACGUGCGCGGCGGUGGAGGGCGCCUUCGCGGAGGGCUACGCGGCGGCGCUCGGCAAGAAGCUGUGGGCGGUCGGGCCGCUCUGCCUCGUCAACGCCGACGCCGGCGCCAUUGCCGGGAGAGGCGAUGAAAUCGCUGACUUGCUGGACGCCGAUGACCGGAUCGUGCCAUGGCUCGACGCGCGUCCGGCGGCGUCCGUGGUCUACGUCAGCUUUGGCAGCGUCGUGCGCCUGUUCCCGCCGCAAGUCGCCGAGCUCGCCGCCGCGCUGGAGGCGUCGCGCCGGCCGUUCAUCUGGGCGGCCAAGGAGACAGCGGCAGGCGGCGGCCUCGACGCCGGGUUCGAGGACCGCGUGAGGGGCCGCGGCCUCGUCGUCCGCGGGUGGGCGCCGCAGAUGACCAUUCUGUCGCACCCCGCCGUCGGCGGCUUCCUGACGCACUGCGGGUGGAGCUCCAUCCAGGAGAGCCUCGCCCAUGGCGUGCCAAUGGUGACGUGGCCGCACUUCGUGGACCAGUUCAUGAACGAGGUGCUGGUCGUGGACGUGCUCGGCGUCGGCGUCCGCUCCGGCGCCAGCGUGCCGUUGACGCACGUGGCGCUCGUGAUGCCCGGCAAAGUCGUGAAUGUGCAGGUCGGGAGGGAGGAUAUCAAGAAGGCGGUCGCCGAGCUCAUGGACGAGGGGCCGGCGGCUGCGGCGAGGAGAGUGAAAGCGAUGGAGCUCGGCAGAAAGAUGAGAGCGGCGAUGGCCGAGGUCGGGUCGUCGCAGACCGACGUGAUGGACAUGGUUCGUCACGUUACUGAGGUUGCAAAGAAGAGCAGGGGAUGACGGUAGACUGGCGGUGCUGGGCUGCUGCGCUGGAGGAGGGGAGAAGUAAGCAGACUAGGCGAGAGCAGAAAAAAUUGGCGGGUUGGGCUGAAUGAAAGGAAAAGAAAAGAGCAGGAGAAAUAGAGGUUUUAUAGGUCUGGUUUGGGGUUGGCCCAGACUAAGGGUUUUUAAUUUAGAGAGCUUUAUUUAAAUUCGAAAUUUAAAUACAAAUAUUUAGAUAAGUCUGGGGUUUAAGAUAUUUUUUUAAAUUCAAAUGGUAUUUCAAUAAAGUUUGAGACCUUACAUAGGGUUACAAUUUA